CGCUCUCCUGCCUGGAAGUGCUGACAGAUCAAGGCAACAAAUUUCAAUUACAAUCCCUAAUUUGUGUCCGCAGAGUGUUUUUUUUCCCCCGUGUUAGUCCUCUCGGGCGCAUCAGUCGAGGCAGAUCUUGGAGCAGCAAGAGGAGGUGGAGGGUUUGGGAGUCAAAAAGUGCACCACUGAGCUCGAAGGAGAGACAGAGGGAAGGAAACUUGGCGGCCGCGUUCCUGCUUCCUCGGAUCCCAACGCCGGAGAGAAAGAGGAAACGGCAAAUUUGUUUUUGCCCGCGGCUAGGAAGGGAACAGAUCUCGGGAGGCUUCGGGAGCUGCGGAGCGUUUGGUGGGGCCAGGAGGGCGAACGCGUGCGUGCGCCCCAGCCGCGGGUAUAUGAGAGAGGGGCGGGCGGGCUCGGGGCGGCGGGGAUGGCGGAGAAGCGGAGGGGCUCACCGUGCAGCAUGCUAAGCCUCAAGGCGCAUGCCUUCUCGGUGGAGGCACUGAUCGGCGCCGAAAAGCAGCAACAGCUUCAAAAGAAGCGGAGAAAGCUGGCCACGGAAGAGGCGGCCGGGGCGGUGGACGACGCAGGCUGCAGCCGUGGCGGAGGCGCGAGAGAACACCGCUGCACCGAGGCCGACGAAGACCCGGCUCCCCCGCCGCCCGCAGCCGGGUCGGCGUCCGGGCCGGCGCGGAGCUGCACGGACGCCGAACGGAGCUGUGCUUCCCGCGGACCCGCGGGCAGCUGUGAGGACGGUUUCUUGCAGGGCGCUUCCCCGCUGGCGUCCCCGGGAGGUUCCCCGAAAGGGUCUCCGGUACCUGGCCUGGCACGGCCGGGGACCCCGCUGCCCGCGCCACAGGCCCCAAGAGUGGAUCUGCAAGGAGCAGAACUCUGGAAACGCUUUCACGAAAUAGGCACCGAGAUGAUCAUCACCAAAGCCGGCAGGCGCAUGUUUCCAGCGAUGCGAGUGAAGAUCUCCGGGUUAGAUCCUCACCAACAAUAUUACAUUGCCAUGGAUAUUGUGCCCGUGGACAACAAAAGAUACAGAUAUGUUUACCACAGCUCUAAAUGGAUGGUGGCAGGAAAUGCUGAUUCCCCGGUGCCACCCCGAGUAUACAUUCAUCCAGACUCACCGGCCUCUGGGGAGACUUGGAUGAGACAAGUGAUCAGCUUCGACAAGCUGAAACUUACCAACAACGAACUGGAUGACCAAGGCCAUAUCAUUCUUCAUUCUAUGCACAAAUACCAACCGCGAGUGCACAUCAUCCGUAAAGACUGCGGGGACGAUCUGUCCCCCAUCAAGCCCGUUCCCUCGGGAGAGGGAGUGAAGGCGUUCUCCUUUCCAGAAACAGUCUUCACAACUGUCACUGCCUAUCAGAAUCAGCAGAUUACUCGCCUGAAGAUAGACAGGAAUCCAUUUGCCAAAGGCUUCCGAGACUCUGGGAGGAACAGAAUGGGUUUGGAAGCUCUGGUGGAGUCAUAUGCAUUCUGGAGGCCAUCACUACGAACUCUCACCUUUGAAGAUAUUCCUGGAAUCCCAAAGCAAGGCAACACAAGUUCUUCAGCUCUACUCCCAGGUACUGGGAAUGGCGUUCCUGCUGCGCACCCUCACCUGCUGUCUGGCUCCUCCUGUUCCUCUCCUGCCUUCCAUCUGGGGCCCAACACCAGCCAGCUGUGUAGUAUGGCUCCCGCUGACUAUUCUGCCUGCGCCCGGUCAGGCCUUGCUCUCAACCGAUACAGCACGUCCUUGGCAGAGACCUACAACAGGCUUACCAACCAGAGCAGCGAGACCUUUGCCCCACCCAGGACUCCCUCCUAUGUGAGUGUGAGCAGCCCCUCUGUGAACAUGUCCAUGGGCGGCACGGACGGGGACACCUUCAGCUGCCCGCAGACCAGCCUGUCCAUGCAGAUUUCAGGAAUGUCCCCUCAACUGCAGUACAUCAUCCCGUCACCAUCCAGCAAUGCCUUUGCUGCUAACCAGACCCAUCAGGGUUCCUACAACACUUUCCGAUUGCACAGUCCCUGUGCCUUGUAUGGAUAUAACUUCUCCACAUCCCCCAAACUGGCUGCCAGUCCUGAGAAAAUUGUCUCUUCCCAAGGAAGUUUCUUGGGGUCGUCACCGAGUGGGACCAUGACGGAUCGGCAGAUGUUGCCCCCGGUGGAAGGAGUGCACCUGCUCGGCAGUGGGAACCAGCAGAGUUUCUUUGACUCCAGGACCCUAGGAAGCUUGACUCUGUCAUCUUCUCAAGUGUCUGCGCAUAUGGUCUGAUGAGGCCUUUAAGUUAAACGACGUUUGAAUCUAAUGGAUCUUCCUUAUUUUUUUUUAAAGCAAUAUGGGAAAAAUGUACAUAUGGUAGAAAAGGAAGGCUGACUGAGUAUUUUUACUUCCUCAUGGCAAGAUUGUAACACGUAUUACAUUAUGGUGUGUGCGUAUGCUGUAUAUACACAGCAUGUAGCAUACGGAAGCUUUCUCUCUGCCUUGUUUAUUCAGUUCCACAUAGCAUUGGCGACGUGUACUUCAGACUCUAAAGGUAAAACGGUACACUUGAAAGUUGGUACUGAUGUUACCAAAGACUCUUCUAAUGCCCACAUGCGAAGGGAUGGGGUUUAUUACAGCAGUUUCCUACAUACCUAACCAAAGAUUUGUAACUUCAUCUAUCAGAAGCGUGCUCUUAGCAGUCUGUAUUGAAAUGUUGAUAGCACUGCGAUCUCUUUUAUCCUUGGAUUUGAUGUGAGAACGUCAAAAGUGCAAAAGCCAGUUAAAUCUUAGUGUAUUUCUGAGGUAUCUAACAAUAAAAGCUUAGCUUUACUUUCCUUCUCAUUUUGUUGUUUUUGUUUGUUUGUUUGUUGUUUGAGACAGGGUUCUCUGUGGAGUUUUUGCUGUCCUGGAACUCACUCUGUGCACCAGGUUGGUCUCUAAGGCACAGUUAUCAGCCUGCCCCUGCCUCCCAAGUGCUGGGAUUGAAGGUGUAUGCCAGCACUGCACAGCCAUUCCUGUUUCUUCUCACUGACUGCAGACCUGGGGUCUGUCAAAAUCCAUAGCUGUGCUGAUGUUUGUUUUCUGAAGGAAGGUGGAGGACAGCCUUGUGACUUUCCACUUUCUAAUGAACAGAAAAUCUUACUUCCUGCAAAAAAAAAAAAAAAAGAAAUCAUAUCUCUGAUAUUUUGAAAUUGUUGCCCACUUCAUUUAGUUUAUCAAGAAGGCCAUGAAACUGUCACGUAAACGUUCUAAAACGCCAAUAUUCACUAGUGGAGGAGUAGGACUGUAUGGCAUGAAAAAUUAAAAGAAAUAAGCAUACUUCUCAGAUUCUUCUGUCCCAGUGAGUAAUGUUUAUUAUUUAUUUUUUAAUCAGAGGAUUGAAUAGUGUUAAGCAGUCCUUAGGCCUUUGUGUGGCUUGGUUUCUUAGGCUAUACUUUUUCAUCUUUGAACUGCUUGACCCCUGGGCUAUGAGUUAGGAAAAGGCAUGUACACCACUUAUUUAUGUCUCAUAACUCCUACAAAUUGAAAUGUUCCCCCUCCCUUGUCUUAUCUCCCUGUCUGACUCUUUUCCAAAACAGACACAUUUUGCCUUUGUGGUGCUAGUGCUGCGAGGAAUUUCAGAGGGUUAUCUCCGGCAAUCUGUCUUGUGGUUGUAGUCAAAGGCCAAAGUCUGUCACUAGAAAGGCCUCCUAAGAGGACCACGGAGGAAGAUACUCAUUAUGAUAAGUGAGCUAUAAAACUUUUAACCUCAACAGCAUUUUAACUUUGGAAGUGAAGAAGUGAAAACAGGACUGACCUCUAAAGGUUCCUAAAAUGAACGCGUGGCUCAGGAGUUCAGAAGCAGGAACUUUGAUAGUAGAUAAACAGGAAAGAGUGGAGCAUGGAUGGCUCCUUCUGCUGGGAAUCUAAAGGGAUGUGUCUGCCCAGCUGUUCUCUGCACUUCACGUCUAACAAACGAAGAGAAUGUUUUCCUUCUGUUUAUCCACGGAGUUGCUCUAACUUGUCCCUAAUUUGGACCGGAAGGAGUCUCCAUCCCACUUUCUUUCUUUACUGAACGGAAUCACUGCUGAAUAUUGAGGGGAAUGUUCUGUUUAGACAGAACACAUUCUGGAUUUGCCUCUGUUUAUAGUUUCUGACAAGAUUCCCCAUGGAUUCUGUAAGAAGGUCAUCAAAUGAAUAGCAAAUUUUAAAUCCAAGAUUAGUAUUAAAGGGACAUGAAAUAUUUGCAAUGGAUAGAGCUAGCUAAGGCUUUAUGCGUGGUAUUAUUAACUUGACAGAGAUUUGGAAAGAGAGGCUUUGAGAACGAGUCUAGCCUUUGGGCCAUUCUAAUUCGCGGAAGACAGCUUUCCACCCUGAGAGAGCAUCCGGUGGGGCAUUUUCCUUUUGCUGUUGGUCAUUUGAGAUGAUGCCAUGAUGUGAGGAGACAUUUCUAUUAAUCAUUUUGGUAAAACCUAGCAAUAUUGUACAAAUGUUCUUUCUUUUAUGUUUUGCUGUAAAUAAUAAUAAUCACCAUGUCAGCCCAAAGACUAAUAACCUUCUAUUGUUGUGCUGAAUGACACACAUGCAUUGAUAAUUAUAAUUAUCUAUCUGUAUUUUAUUAAGAAUUGCUUAAGAAAUUAUAUUAAAGUACAUUAUGAAACCAU